GUCGGAAGUGGAGUCUUCAUUGACAUCUAGGUCACGUGCUCCACUCUAAGCAUGGAGCUGCCGCUGCUGACUGACUUGUAUCAGUUCACCAUGGCUUACGGCUACUGGAGAAGCGGGCGGCACCAGGAGGCUGCGGAGUUCGAGCUCUUCUUCCGGGAGCCGCCAUUCCAGGGGGGAUUCACCAUCUACUGCGGGCUGGAGGAGAGCCUGAAGUUCCUGAGGGGCUUUUGUUUUUCCCGCACAGAUACGGACUACCUGCGGUCGGUGAUGCCCAGUACGGUGGAGGAAGGCUUCUUCCGAUACCUGGAGACUGUGAACGCGGGGGAGGUGACGGUGACAUCGUUCCCGGAGGGAUCGGUUGUAUUUCCUAGAGAGCCUCUGAUGAAGGUGAGGGGUCCUCUGCUGGUGGUUCAGCUUCUGGAGACAACACUGCUCUGCUUGGUGAACUACGCCAGCCUCGUUGCCACAAAUGCCGCCCGCUUCCGCUUGGCCGUCGGCCCCGAGAAAAGGCUGCUGGAAAUGGGACUUAGGAGGGCGCAGGGACCAGACGGAGGGCUGUCCGCCUCAAAGUAUUCCUACGUGGGAGGCUUUGAUUGCACCAGCAAUGUCUUGGCAGGGAAGAGAUUUGGCAUCCCCGUGGCCGGUACCGUGGCUCACUCUUAUGUGGCUUCUUUCUCCUCUACGGAUGAAGUGAAGCACCCGGCUCUGCGACAAGCAGGCGGCCAGGGAGAGGAGGUAGACUUCCUAAAGCUCUGUCAGACGUGGCUGGAGGAAGUGAGCCGGCUCCUGGAGUUGCCUCCCCACAGCACAAAUACAGGCGAACUGGCAGCUUUCAUAUCCUACGCCCUCGCUUUCCCUCUAAGCUUCCUGGUGGUGGUGGAUACCUACAGUGUCAUGAUGAGCGGUGUGCCCAACUUCUGUGCGGUGGCCCUGGCAUUACAUCAGCUCGGGUACAAGGCAGUUGGCGUUCGGCUGGACAGCGGAGACCUGGCCAGGCAGUCCGUGGAGAUCCGGAAGAUCUUCAGGCGCUGUGCGGAGAGAUUCGAUGUUCCGGCUUUGGAAACCUUGUCCAUUGCUGUCAGUAACAACAUCAGUGAAAAAAGUCUGAAGCUCCUGACCCAGGCGAAGAACGAGAUUAACGUGAUCGGCGUUGGCACCCACCUGGUGACGUGCACCCUUCAGCCCUCCCUGGGCUGCGUCUACAAGCUGGUGCAGGUGAACGAUCAGCCCCGGAUGAAGCUUAGCGAGGACAAGGAGAAGACCACCAUUCCAGGGAGCAAAGCCAUCUACAGGCUGUAUGACGGGUCAGACCAACCGCUAUUGGACCUGAUGGCUUUGGAAGGGGAGCCCCCUCCUGAGAUCGGGAAGGAAGUGAAUAUCUAUGAGCUGGGGAAAAACACAGAGAUUCAGACGGUGACCCCGCUGAGGGCCGAGCUGCUUCACCGCGUGUACUUCAGGAACGGACAGGUGAGGAGACGGAGAGUUGUGGUGAUGCCUCCGUGCCGUAACAUACCGCCCGGCCUUGCGGGAAAUCCGGGCCUGGCCGUACCCUAUGUGAUCAUCGGACGCAACGAUUCUCGUAGGGCGGCCCCAUCCCGCCCCGAUUUAUCGCAAGGUUGGAUCAGCGGUCGCGGUGACGGAGAAGCUGCACAGUCUUCUAUCCGCACUCCGCAGAAGCAGCAGACAGUCCAGAGCCGGCCUGCUCCCAUACUCCACCGGAAACUGACCAUUUCCUGCGACACUGGAUUCUUGUCAGGUGACCGCCCCUACGCCAUUGUGGCUUACGUCAACCAUCAUGGAGGCACCAAAUGUCACGCAGCUGUAAGGAAAGCCACGCCGAGUCUGGCUUAA